AUGGCAGUUGAUCUGACAUUUGACAUCAUCUGCAGGAUUGUUCUAGAUUUCAGCCCGGGCGAACAACUCAACGGGCCUACCGAGAUGCAGAAGGCUUUUCGCGUAAUCAGCCAGCAUCUCGUGUUUAAGAGCUGGGCAAGUCUUCACAAACGCCUCAACCCUUUCUGGCAGCUUGACUUGUGGAAGUGUCACCGGACAUUGAGACGCGUGAUGCUGCCUCAUAUUCAGAAGCAUGUAAGAGGGCAUUCCCUCGUGAAGAACUCAGCAUCGCAGAAGACUGUCCUUGAUCUGGCCCUCAAGGAGGUUGAGCUGGAAAGCCCAGGGGCUGAGCCCAGUGGCCAGUUCAUCGAGGACGUGGUAGGACUAACCAAGCAAUUUAUCUUUGCUGGCCACGAUACUACUGCUGUCAAUAUGUCAUUUGCAUAUCACUUCCUUAACAAAAGCCCCGAUGCACUCACCCGGCUGAGAGACGAGCACAACCGUAUCUUUGGGCCUUAUCCAAGGAAAGCCUCCGAAAUACUGCGGCAGUCACCACACCUCCUGAGCUCCCUACCCUUCACCACGGCGGUGGUGAAGGAAAGCCUGCGCCUGUGUCCCGUCGCCGCGAGCAUCCGAAAAGGACACUCAGGAUAUAGUCUUCGAGGCAAUGACGGCGUGGAGUACCCGAUGGGUGGCUUUAUAGUCGCCACUGGUGUGGACUGCCUGCAGUACAGCCCGGAAAUGUUUGCGAGGCCGACACAGUUCCUGCCUGAGCGAUGGACAGCUCCCCCGGGUGACCUUCUGCAUAUUCGAGACGAAGCCAAGUAUGCAUGGCGGCCCUUUGAGUGGGGACCAAUGUCUUGCAUAGGCACGGAGCUCGCGAUGGUAGAGCUGAAGAUGGCUCUCGUUCUCACCAUUAGGGAGAUAGAGGUGGUGACCGCGUUGGAAGAUUGGGAUCGACUGCAGGGUACGAAUAGCGACAUGAGACCGACUCUGUUCGGUGACAAGAUUUUCCAAGGUGCUGUAGGCCUCGGGCCACCGACAGAGGGGCUCCCAGUGCGCACCAGGCUCUUGCGACAACAGUGA